GUUUGGCUGCAUUUUCCCCCGACGGCCGGGCGCAUCCCGUGAUCUAGCAACCUUGUUUCAGCCGAAAAAAGAAAUGUGAUGUGCUUCUCUUCUUGAUGGCGAACUGAAAAACGUUGGAAUUUUCACCAUCCAAAAAAAACGCUCGCUCCCACGUAGUAUGACUACCGCGUUCAACUCUACAUCGUAGCAGCAGCAGCAGGUUAAAAUCACAGGCCCAGUGGAAUCACGCUCAUAAGAUCCGAGCAUUACCGUGUCUCCAGCGAAAAUUCUUCCCCGAGCAGCGGUGUGCGUGCAGGUUAUAGAACAUCACCACCACCACCACCACCAUCGCCACCUCCAUCUCCGCCAUCGUCGCGUGUAACACCCUUGCGGCAGCUCGCAGGAAAAGUUUCGGUUCUCAGUUUCCGCGUGGCCAUCUUUCCACCCGAUCCGUCGCCCUCGUGUCGAUUGUCGCGCCGCCAUUAACGCAGCAGUGCAGCAAAGGGGGUAAGCUCUAGAACGUUUCCUUCGCAACAUGGCUGACCAGCAGCAGCAGACCAGCGUUGAGCAGCCGCAGCAGCAGCAGCAGCAGCAGCAAGCGCCAGCACCUCAGCAGCAACCGGCCGCACAGCAGCAACAGCCGCAACAAACGGUUGCCGGUGACCAGCCGGCACAGUCACAGCCCGCCUCCCCGCCGGAACAGGAUGCCGGCCAGAAGCCGGGCGCCGCUGCCGGCUCCCCUACCGCUGCCGCCGCCGCCGCACCCGCCCAGCCGCAGAAGGAGGUGAUUGCGACGAAGGUGACCGGCGUGGUGAAAUGGUUCAACGUGAAGAGCGGUUACGGUUUCAUCAACCGGGGCGACACGCAGGAGGACGUGUUCGUGCACCAGUCGGCGAUCGCGCGCAACAACCCAAAGAAGGCGGUCCGGUCGGUCGGCGAUGGCGAGCAGGUCGAGUUCGACGUGGUGAUCGGCGAGAAGGGCAACGAGGCGGCCAACGUGACCGGGCCGCAGGGCGAGCCAGUGAAGGGCAGUCAGUACGCGGCGGAGAAGCGGCGCGGCUUCCGCCACUGGUGGCAGAAGCGGGGCCAGCGCCGGCCGGGCCAAACCCGCAGCAAGGACGGCCAGCUCGAGGGCGGUCAGGGCGACGGGCAGCAGCAGAACGGUGACGGCCAGAUGCAGCAGCAGCCGCAGCAGCAACACCAGCAGCAACAGCAGCAGCAGCAUCAGCCCCAGCAGCAGCAGCAGUCCGUGAAGCAGCAGCAACAGCAGCAGCAGCAACCGCGCCGCUACCGUCCCCGUGGACGUGGCGGAUACGCCCAGUCGUACUAUUCGCGCCCGGCACCGCGCGGUCCCCGCCGCGACAUGGUGAUGGGCGACAACGGCCAGAUGGACCAGAACAUGAUGGACGACAACGGGGGCAUGCGCGGUCAGGGUGGUCGCGGCGGUGGCGGCCCGCGUCGCUUCUUCCGCCGCAACUAUCGCAGCGGUGGACGCGGCGGCGGCAUGGGCGGACCGCCCGGACCGCGCCGUGGUGGCUACCGACCGGACUACCAGGCCGACUACCAGCAGAACGGCGGCGGCCAGGAGCAGAUGGCACCGCGCCGGGGCGGUGGCAUGCAGGGCCGCGGCUCCGGUGGACGCGGGCGGUUCCCGCGCCGUGGCCGCAACCCGCAGCGCCCGCGCAACGAUGCCGGUGGCAACAACAGUGCCGUGCAGAACACGACCACCGAGAGCUCGGCGUAAGGUGGCGGCCAUCUUACCUCCCCCACCUCCCCCCCCCCCCCAUCACUUAAUCAUCACCAAGACCUGCGCGCAUCCUGUAUGCGUAGAGCCGCUCUCGAGCGGAGGCGCGCCGCGCACACCGCGUACACCAUUCCGGCGCAAACAUCGUGCGGGCGGCCCAACCAACAUGCACCGAGGAACAUCUAUCUCUCUCCGUCUCCGUGAAUCAUCCCCCGUCAACGGGAAGGAUUUUUGGGUGUUGAAGGAAACAGCACCGACACCCCAGCAUGGAAAAGAAUUGCGCAUAUGAAGAAGAAGCAUACUAGCGAACGUCGUUAGAGCAAAGCGAGCAUAAAUACGUUAAGCAAAGAAGCAAGCAGAACAGAAGCAGGCGGUCUCGAAGAUACGACCGGCCGCCGCACAAUCGCCGCCUCCUCCGAUUCGAUCAUCGCGCAAGCUAGCUAAGACAUUGCGUGCGUGUGCGCGAGCGACCAUCACUAUCUAAUCGCGCGCCCACUCCCUUCGGCGGUCCCUCGGCUCUCUCGGUGCAUGAUGAAUAAUAGAAUGUUCGAUAGGACUAAAUGGUAGGACACAGUAGAAGCAGAAGCAGAAGCAGAAGAGUAAGGAAGCAAAAGACGCGGAGAAAUGGAUAAAAACCAGACGAAAGGAGAUAUAAAAUAAUAAAAAAGAAGAAGAUUUAAUAAUUUUAACCAUACAAACACACCCCAUACACACACCAUUGCACAUAAUCGUUUGAAAACAACCAAACGUAAACAGGCUAAACUAUGGGAAGGGGGCUUUCACACCCGCCGGGGGAGCCCUUGACCCUAAAUUGGAAGUACGGAACACUUAUGAGUAAUAAAUAGAGUUUAAUUGGUUUAAAAACAUGGCACGGAGGUACAGAGUUAGGAGCAAGGAUAGUAAGAUUUAACUAAAAAUGUCCCUGUGCAUCUAUUUCUCGGGAUCCAGAGUCUAUCUUCGCUAUUCCUUUGUACAACAGCGUAACAAUUACCCUUUCGUAAGAUCCCUGGGAUGAAAUUACCAUCAUCAUCAGCUGCCUGCUUAAAAACCUAUAAGAAUAUCGCAGAUAUCGAGUGGCUGCUGCUGUCGCCACGGGUUUUUUUUUCGGGGGGUCCACACACGUGCGUCGUCUCCUUCCAUAGCGAAAGAUCCUUGCUAGAAGGGGGACGAUCGGUACAUCCCUUUGCGCGCGUGUGUGUUUUUAGGUGUUUGGCUGAUGGCGGAACACACUGCCUGUCAGCAAACAGCAUCUCCCUUCCCCAGCAAAGCAAAAAGUGGUAGCGCACAGGUGUGAGGUACCGAUGGAGCAUAAAAAACAUUCGCCCUGUGUACGAAGAUAUCAAACCAUCCGAUCAAGUCAGCGGCUUCGUACGAGGAAUGAUCGAUCGAUGAUAUGCGGCAUAUUAAAAGAAGAUUAAAAUAAAGGCAUAAGAGUAGUGCCGGGUUAAAAAUGGCAGAGUUAGGGUUAGAAGCAGCGCAAAACCAGUGCAGAAAAUGGAACUCGGUUCAGGUGUUGUUGUGAUGUGUGACUGUGGAAGGAGAACAAUCUUGUGUUGUUAAUUCCUUAAUAUUAUAAACACGGCAAAUAUCUCUUGCAUUAUGCAUUAUGCACACAUGACAACAGCUUGCUACUGGGAACUGUUUCGAUACUAAAAAGAAAACCACACAUAUAACCAUACAUAAAUCGGUUCAGUUAGUUCAGCCGCUUGAAAAUGAGUUUUUAAACAAAUUUAGGAUUGCUUUUUUAGGGAUACAAUGUUUUUUAACCCAUUUGGAAAUACGUUCCUUCCUGGAAUUUAAACCGGCCGGUAAAGCAGAAGGCUCUACAAUUGCAAAGAGCAGCAAGAAGGGAUUGGAAGAACAUACAUAAAAACGAUUUAAGCAUGAAUUAUAAUCUAGUAAGCAUGGACAGCACCUACCAUCACCACGUGUGUUGUGUCCGUGUUGGUUCGCGUCCGUCAAAUAAUAACGCAAAAUCGCAAAAAGAGAGCUAUAUUAACCAGAUGAAAAAAAGAUGCGAGUGCGUUUGAGUGUUGCAAAUAACAAUUGAUCCAUUUUUAUUGUUAGUUGGUUUGGUUUGAAGUUAAAAUAACCUAACACCCUCUCUAGUAUGUGCAAGGAAAAGUGUUGUGUGCACGUGGAAAAGGUAGAGGAGAGAGCAGCAGUGCCGAGUGGCAACUAGCAGCAACCAACCACCACACACACACACACACACACCCCAUCAAGCGUGACGAGGUCGGAAUGGAAAAUUGCAACUAAAAAUGUGCUCGAGAAGGGAACCGAAAACGAACCGCUUGGCGAAGGAAGAAACCCCAUUCUAGGUGUACAUCCAACCGUCGUUUCAGCCUCGUGCGUGUGGCGUGUGAAGGUUAGGUUAGCAAUUAUUACACACCACCAUUAGCGAUGAAGAGAAAACUCUGAAGUUGUGCUGGAAACAAUUGCACCACUCACUCGGUUUGAGGCUUUUUGGCUUUGGGUUGUGUAGAAAUUGCGUUAGUUGAAGUAAGGAACACAACACAACAGAAGUUAUUGGGCUGAGGGGUAGAACGUUACAAUCUAGAGAACCUCAGAGAUGGCAAAAAUCCGCAAAUGGACAGGUUAGUAGGCGAUGUGGGAGAGUAGCCGGAAGCGCAUCGGUGGUGAAUGGACAAGAAGGUGAUGAAAAAAAGAUCCAAGCAAGCGGCGCACACGCGCAGAGGUGCGAUCACGUGUUGUGUAGUGGCUGUCGCCAUUUUCUCUUCCGGGCCAGUGCGUGAUAAGCGCGCCGGGAAUUGUUUUCAUUGGCGUUUGCGGAUUUGCAUUUUGUCCAUUUUGCCGCUUGUCUUGCCUUCCGCUCAACCCACCACACCCAGUUUGUGCGAUGUUUUGAUUUUCCUCCCGAUUGUGUUGUGACCGGCUUUUUUAUCAUUUACCCUAUGCCUCCAUCCCCCCCCCCCCCCCCGCACAAAUCCGGGCCCGGCAUUGAAACCAUUUUUAGAUAGCGCUACAUCCUUACCUUAAGCUUAAGAUCGUACAAAGAAAAAGGUGUUUAAUUGGAUUCUAUUGCUUUUAAAAUCAGUUUGUAGUGUUUGUUUGUUUUAUUAUAAUAGCGCACUGCAUACACAUAUAAACACAUAGCCCUCUGUAUGCUGUCUCACGCGCUGUAUCUAUCAUAUUCGAAGGUGUAUCGGGAGGAAUGAUGAUGAUGAUGAUGAUAGGGCUGCUGCUCCUGCUGUCUCCCGGCUGGUAUUGAGACUCUUAAUAAACGUGGCUAAUCAGGCAUUUCUAUCCGAAGGAACAGUAGGCGGCGUGAGCAUGAGAGCGAGCGCGCGCGCGUUCGUUCGCGGUUCGAAAAUAGACAGCCAUUGCUCGAACCCCGCAACUUGCGUGUGUGGCCGUGCGUCGUGGAACGGCGAGAGGAUAUUUUUAGCAUUCGAUCGGGGUCUUUCGAUCGUAUCGCGUGUUGUUUGGUGGCGGUACCUGUGUGCGCUCCUGGUUUUGGGGAUUUUUGAGCCCCAAACCGAGCCGCAAACCGACCGUCCGGCAUACACGUGAGUAGUUCCGUUGGCGCAUGGAACAGCAAGUCGAACAGUCGGGGAGCCCUUUCUUCGUUCUCCUCAGGUACACUGGGAACUCAAGCGCGUGAGGCAAAUUUUAUUAGAAACUAGAUAAGGUUUGUGUUUUUCCUGUGUUUUACCAUUUCCUCGAUUUUGAUGAAUUAUGUGCAUGUGUGAAAGUGCAAGACCGAGAAAUAUGGGCAUACAUAAGAAAUUUAGUAAGAAAAAAACACACAAGUAACAAGGAUUGCAAGUUAUUCAUACAACCAAAAUACACAUUUAUUGUCUGUAAGCGAGCGCUGGUAUUAGAGGAAAAGAGGAGUGAAAUUGAAAGCAGUGUAUAACAACCCUAUUAAAAAGAAAAGCCCACUGCUUGAGCUACUGCCACUCUUAGAAAGCAAAAGGAGUGUGAAAAGCCGAAAAAGAAGCGUGUGGUAUUAUUUGAAUUUGAAAUAACAGAAAAAAAAACAGUAACACACAUUUAAACGAUUGCAUUACAAUAGAUUCUCACACAGGCACACAGCGAGCAGCAUUCUGUGUGUAGCGUUAAACACAAGACAUCGGUUUGCCACUAGAAAGUGUGCGAGUGUGUGUGUGUGUGUGUGCAUUUUCCCCCUCUUCUUUAUAUUAAACUAUCGAUUUGAAACAGAAAUGAAACUAAGAAAAAAGCAACAUACAACAUACACAUAUAUUUAGUCAACCGAUAACAAGAGUUAAACAACAUAAGCAAAUAAGAAACGAAGCAACACGGAGAGAGAAGACAAGGAAGAGAGGAAAGCAAGAAAAUCUGCAUACAACAAAAUGCAAAACAAAACAACUACUAUAUUUCAAAAAAUAAUGAAGAAACAAAUAAGAAUGCAAAAUCCAACAAUAAAUAAGGAAACCCCAAGCAAACGAAACACACAUACAUAGAAGAACAAUACCUGUACUAGAGGUGUAAUAAAAGGAGCGAGUGGAAAAAAGAAGAUUUAAGAAAGAAGGAACAUGAAACAAGGUAGUAAAGGACAAGGAUUGGACUUUAAUAUGCCAAGCAAAGAAAGUAAGGAAAGGGGCCAGUUUGCCUGUGUGCGACAAGUACCCGCAACAACAAGAAAGAUAAGAAGAGAAAGAUCUAGUGACGAACAGCUACAUUUAAUGAUAACAUGAGAACAGCAAGGUACUAUGGAAUAUUCAUAAAAAAAACAGCAUGUAAAACAUAUAAAACAAUAUGCAAUGUAGUAUGUUGAACGCGAACUGUAGAAGAACACAGCUAACAAAAUCCACCCGGUUGUUGUUUUAGAACGAGACGCGCGCAGGUGGUGGAGUUAAAAAAUCGGUAUGCAAAGAAACAAAUACGAGCGCGCUACCAAAUCGAUGAAGCAAAACAACAAUUACACAUACAAGCUAUAUGGACGCAACGCAUCCUCUUAAAAAUAUGAAAUGAAACGCAAGAAGCGCAUUAUUAAUGUUUAAGCAAUGAAAACAGUAGUGUGAACGAUUGAUACAACAUAACUCUAAAGAGAGAACAACAGCGACACAACAUACCACAUAUACGGCACGCGGUAGUGGAGGAACACAACCCACGGAGGGACUAAGAUUCAGUAGAGAAAGAGAGACAGAUUUAACAUCAAAUGAGACCCCGAAAGCUAGCUAGGAGAGAGAAAGGAACAACAGAAAAAAGAACCCGAGAGGCGAUUGUGUUUAAACAACACAUCAACAUUUUCUUUUGAACGUCAUUUAACAACAUCUUCUAAAAUGCAUUAAACAUCGCGCAAGAUGACGAUUACGUUUCAUUGGACCAGGUGCGUGCGUGCGGACUCGCGGCCUGGAGCAGACCGUGUGCAACGUGGUGUGUGUGUGCGUACUGGCUGGUGUGUAUCCUCUAGUCCCCCCACUGGGAACAACUGGUUUCCUUGGCGGGAAGUGAUGCCACCGUGUGUACCACACACACACACACACACACACGCCUCUGUGCGGAUUGUUCGAAGCCGUGGCCGCGGCACUCACUCGGUCUGGAACGUGUAAAGCUGCGAAGAAGCGAAGCGAGAGAGAGGGAGCGUGUUUUGGAGCAGAAGACACGGAAACAAUGUCGAAACUUGUAAAACCCAGAAAAAAUCAAUAAAAAAAUCGUAAAAUUUUAA